AAGGGAUUCCCCGUUUAUCAUUUGACGAGUUAUGCCUUGAGAAGUAUUUACUAUCUGAAGACAGAAAAAAACUAAGCUACUGUAAAGAUGAACUACAUGCCGGGAACUGCUAGUCUGAUUCAAGAAAUCGACAAGAAACUUCUGGUUGUCCUUAGAGAUGGUAGAACUCUUAUCGGAUAUUUGCGUAGUAUUGAUCAAUUUGCUAACCUGGUGCUGCACAGAACUAUUGAGAGGAUCCAUGUUGGCAAAGAAUAUGGUGACAUCCCAAGAGGAGUGUUUGUAGUGAGAGGAGAGAAUGUUGUACUGCUUGGAGAAAUAGAUCUGGAAAAUGAAGGGAAGAUUCCUUUGAAAGAGGUUUCCAUAGAUGAGAUACUGGAAGCACAACGAUCAGAACAACUUGAAAAGCAAGAACAAGAAAAGGCCAGAAAUAAAGCUUUGUUAGAAAGAGGAAUUCAGCCUCAUAUAGAUAAUGUAACAGAAGAGUUUAUGUAAACUGUCAGAUCAUUAUUGUAGAUGGAAUCUCGCCGUUUUAGAGAAACCAUCAUGUGGAGCUUUGUGUUCAUCAUGUGCUAAUAGCAUAUAAAAGCGUGCAUAGCAAUCUGUACAGCUUCAAACUGUUUUAUUUUGUAAUACAAUCGUAGAAAAUAUACAUUUUGUUGGGGUCAGUUUUUCAUUGUCAGUCAGGCAAGAAGUUUUUUUAACCAAUCUAUUAUUUUUAGAUGCACUUCUCACUAGAUCUUGUCUCAAAAGUAUAAAUUGUCUUGAAAAAUAUAAGUGAGAAAGAAGUGUAUGUUUUAAGUUGUUUUUAUGCCCAAAGUUUGUUAUUAAAA